CGGCCCAGCACACAUCAACCACACCAUUCACAGUCGAACGUUCUAUCGGUCCGGAGAAGAGUCCUGAAGAUCGCAUCGCGGAUCGUCAUUCGGAGAGCUUCUCACAAUCGAGCAAAGAAACCAAGGGAAUCUUGCGCUGUCCCGAUCGUGUAAAACGUACAUUUCGUGAAAGUGAAUUUGGUGAACACCCACGGUCCCACGGUUUCAAAGACACGGAUAGCAACGGUACGCAACGACUGUGCAAUCAUGAAAGCAUUCCCCACCCUGGUACUGCUCGUCGUCGUCUGCUGCAGCCUUCUGCCUGAGAACGCACACGCUACCGUCGUUGAAUCGUGCGGUGACACGCGUGCCCUAGUGCCGAUCGAGGAGAACGUGAUCGAGAUCAGUAACUGCGAGAAGGGACCGUGCAAGCUGAAGCGACGCACCGCGGUUAGCAUUAACCAGAAGUUCACACCCUCGGAAGAUGUCAAGAGUCUAAAUACGGCGGUGUUUGCCAAAAUCGUCGGUCUACCGUUGCCGUUCAUCGGUGUCGAUGGUACGAGCGCCUGUCAGCAUCUGUACGCGGAAGAUGGUGAAACGCAGGUCGGCUGUCCGCUGAAGGCUGGCGUACCGGUGGUGUACAAGCGUAGCUUCGAUGUGCUAGAGAUUUAUCCCAAGAUUCCGAGCAUGACCAUCCACUGGGAGCUGCAGACGAAGAGUGGCCGAGCGAUCACCUGCUUCGAGGUGCCGGCCAAGAUCGUUUAACGCCACCACUCUCGAGACUAACUCCGAUUCUUCUGCCAUGUUGCCACGCUGACUUGCCGCACGGUCCCGGUAGCGUGUUAGCUUGCAUGGGUCUCAACGAGUCCUGCAAAGGGGAUUGCAGAAGGGGAAGGCUGCAGAGAGAAGGGGGAGUGGGGAAACAUGGUUUGUUUUAAAGUUUUACUUUUUUUAAAAACGAACAAGUUGCUGGUU